AGACAGACAGACAGACAGACAGACAGACAGACAGACAGACAGACAGACAAAAUAUUAACAAGCAGACCGACGAACAGAUAAAGUGACCAUGCCUUUCUGUUGCGGGGCUUCCCCUGUCAAAGAUGACGAGGCCCUCAUUGUGGAUGUACACCAAGUGCUUUGUGACAAAGCAUGGGACAUCUUCAAAGCAUCCCAGUCCCCUCUACGGCGAAUGUGCUUGAAGAAGAAAAACUUCACCAUCGAAGUCCCGGAAAACUAUUUCGUUCUCGAACAGAUAGAGCAGAGAAUCGAACCCCGGAACAGCCGGCUGCACGUCAUAGCACCCGGCGGGGCACACGAUGCUGAAGACGGCAACAGCAACAACAAAAACAGCACAGCCGCUAAAGACAGCAGCCUUCUGGCGGGGAAGAUUUCAGGAAAGCGAAACUUGGCUAA